UCAAAAUGUGGGAGCAACAGGUUCUGGUCUGUCUGGUGUUGCUACUGUCUCGAGUACUCUUGGUGUACUUCGAGCUUACAGUCCAAAUUCGACAUCAGCAUCCUCCAGUAAUUUGUCAACUGUCCAUAUGGGUGGACUAACAUGUAUAACUCAGCCGACGACAGAACUGGGGUCUGAGGAUACUGUUAUUGCACAAUUUUUGAGUAAUCCUGCCCAAGUUGGACCAAGCGAGUCUCCUGUCCUAUUUAGUGGAACAGUUGGUGCUGCAUCUACAUUUUCUCCAUUGGCAUCUAAUGACCUUCCUGAAAUAAGUGCUAUGGUGCCCCCUCCAUCAACAUCUGCUGAUCGUCUGGGACCUGUAUUACUUGGUUGUAUACGAGACGUCUUGUGGCACGGCCAUUUCUUAAGGUAUUUCUCGCUACAAUUAAUUGGUGACAACUCUGUUCUGUUCCACUACAGGUAUCUCUUGAUAUUGGACCGCACGAACUGGAAGACCAACAUGCUGACAGCUCUCUUGGUUCCUUACAUUUUCUUCACUCUGCCUAAUGUGCUGUUUUCUCUGAUCAGAGGAGAGGUGGGGAAAUGGAUUGCGAUUAUUGCUGUUAUUCUGCGCCUAUUUUUUCCGCGCCACUUCACAGGUACAUCUCCAGCCUAUUGGUUUCAGCCUAUCAAAUUUCCAGAUAUUGGUUUCACUUACAUUUUAUUAACAUUUUGCGGUUUUGCCCUUCAAAUAAAAUAGCCACGGUUCAUACAUUUUGCUUAGCGACUCUUUAGCAUGGUUUCAUCCUGUGCACCAGAUUGGUUAGAGCUUCCCGGUUCCAUCAUCCUGCUCACAGCGGUCGCCCCCAGUCUGUUCGCACACACCUUCAGGGACGACCUCGUCGGUGUCUUCAUAUGCCUUGCGAUCGGAUGCUACCUGCUCCAAGAGCACAUCAGGGCGUCAGAUGGACUUAGGAACGCCUUCAGGAAGGGCAAUGGCGUGUCCAACUCCAUUGGCAUCCUCCUGCUCUUCAUCUACCCUGUCUGGACCGGGGUGCUGCGAAUCCUGUAGGCACUGUUGCCUCCGUGUUCCCGUCUGCUGUCCAGGCGUCCAGCUCCGUUGCCGUUCGUCUCUUGUGCAAAUGUUUCUUCUAUGGUGAUCGUGGUUCUGUGCUAUCGGGAUGGGAUGUAAAUCGAGAUGUUGGUCAUAUUAUCAGGCGUGUAAACCCUUGCCGCUUCUGUUAAGUUGUCGCAAGUUUGAGGAUGGGUGUUUAUAGCAACUACUGUAUAUCAUUUGAUGUUA